AUGAUCAUUGCAGCACCAAAGGCGUGGAUGUCAUUGCCAAAAGCCAUGGCAACUCGGUCAUCGAGCAGGAAUAUUAACACAAGACAAUAUCAGACUACUUGCCGACAGACUGGAUGCGAUCGCAUGAGCAUUCGAUCGCUACCCCCCACAACCCGAUCUUAUCAUUCUCGUUUUCAUGCGCCUCUCCCUACUCACGAAUACACCAAUUCUCAGUCCACAAUUCUUGCAGCAGCCCUCGAGCACAUCCCCGAGCAUGGAUUCACAAAAGAUGCCCUGAUUAUGGGCGCUCGGGAUAUGGGAUUCCUCGACGUAUCAAUACAGCUAUUCACGAGACAAGAGAUGGAUCUCGUCCUCUACUGGCUGGCAAGCAGACGUGGACUCCUACGCGCAAAGGUGCAGAACGGCUUGAUUGAGGGGAAGCAAAUGAGCGUCGACGAGAAGAUUAAGACCCUUGUUAUUGAAAGAUUGAGAAUGAACGGUCCGAUUAUCCAUCGCUGGCAGGCCGCACUUGCACGCAUGUCAUUAUUAGGAAACAUUCCCCUUUCUCUAUCCGAACUACACUCGCUUUCGUCCGAUAUACUAUACCUCGCCGAUGACACCUCGCUAGACAGCUCGUGGUACACCAAACGUCUCUCAUUAUCUGCAGUCUAUGCGAGCGCAGAAGUCAUCAUGACACAAGAUACUAGUCCAGGAUUCGCAUCUACCGAGAAAUUUGUCGAGCGACGAUUCGAGGAUAGCCAAUAUCUUGGUCAGAAAGUCAGUGAUGUGCAAUCGUACAUGGGAUUCAUGGCUGGAACAGCUGUCGGUCUAGGACGAAGUUGGGGCUUGAAGAUUUAG